AUGUGGAGCUUCCCCAGGCCUUUCAGCAGCGGCUGCUGCUGCAGCUUCCUCUUCUUCCUCCUCCUCCUCCUCCUCCUGCAGCUGCUGCCCCCAGCGCGAGGCCUCCCGGCCACCCCGACUCCCAGGACCUCGCCCGGCCGGGCUGCAGACACUUGCAGGAGCCGGCCCUUGGACCUCGUGUUCGUCGUCGACAGCUCUCGCAGCGUUAGGCCCCCGGAGUUCGAGAAGGUGAAGACCUUCCUCUCCCAGGUGAUUGACACCCUGGACAUAGGCGAAACGGCCACCAGAGUGGCCGUGGUGAACUACGCCAGCACCGUGAAGGUCGAAUUCCACCUCCAGACGCACUCGGACAAGGAGUCCCUGAAGCGGGCCGUGUCCCGGAUGGCCCCCCUGGCCACGGGGACCAUGUCCGGCCUGGCCAUCCGGACGGCUGUGGACGAAGUGUUUACCGAGGAAGCCGGGGCCCGGCCCCCCGCCUUCAACAUCCCCAAGGUGGUCAUCGUCGUGACCGACGGGAGGCCCCAGGACCAGGUGCAGGAAGUGGCCACUCAGGCCCAGGCUUCGGGGAUCGAGAUCUACGCGGUGGGGGUGGGCCGCGCUGACAUGCGGUCCCUCAGAGCGAUGGCCAGCAAGCCCGUGGAGACUCACGCGUUUUACGUGGAAACCUACGGGGUCAUCGAGAAGGUGACAUCCACAUUCAGGAAGACUCUCUGCGGUCUGGAUAAGUGUGCUCUCGGGACUCACCAGUGUCAACAUGUCUGCGUGAGUGACGGAGACGGAGCCCAUCACUGCGAAUGUAGUCAAGGAUACAUCCUAAACGAAGACAAGAAAACCUGCUCAGUUCACGAUAAAUGUGCUCUGGGCACUCAUGGGUGCGAGCACAUCUGUGUGAGGGACAGACCUGGAGCUCAUCAUUGUGAGUGCUAUGAAGGCUACUCCUUGAAUGCAGAUAAUAAAACGUGUUCAGCUCAGGAUAUGUGUUCUCUGGGCACCCAUGAGUGUGAACACAUCUGUGUGAGUGACAGAGAUGGAUCCCAUCACUGUGGGUGCUAUGAAGGCUACGUGUUGAACGCAGAUAACAAAACAUGUUCGGCUCGUGAUGUGUGUGCUCUCGGCGCUCAUGAAUGCAACCACCUCUGUGUGAGCGAUGGAGUGGGGCUCUACCAUUGUGAGUGCUAUCAGGGAUACACCUUGAACGAAGAUAAUAAAACUUGCUCCGUCCUCGAAGAAGUCCGGAGACCUAUUUCAGUGCAGGAUCCUUGCAGCUGUGAAGCUACUCUGGCAUUCCAAGAGAAGGUCACUUCUUCCCUCCAGAUACUAUCCACCAAAGUUGAUGGUAUCUUGGAGAAGCUGCAAGCGAAAGAAUAUGGACGGAUGCAUCGUUAACGCUAACGCCAACUCUGCUCGGCUGGGAAACGUACGGAAAUCAAGGGGGUUUAUUGUGUUCUAAUUCUAGUGGGGAUUUAGAAAUACUGAAUCAACAGCAAAAGGAACUUCAGGGAAAGGAUUAGUUUUUAAAGAAGAAAAUAUUUAUGCAUAAAGUAUUACAGUUGGGUCAUCAAAUACAAGUAACAAUAAUAGUCGCUUACUAUAACGCUUUUUAUAGAUAUCAGUAUGUCCAGAAUAUUUCCAUUUAUAGUCCAGGCUGGUGGGGGGCUUUUUCCCCACCAUUUCUAUUUUGAGCCUUGCUGAAGAAAAUUUUGAAAAUGUAAACCUCACAAUUUCACUUUUCCACAGGAUGUUUUUAGAUAGUAUUCAUUUGUACAAUCAUUCAUAGGAGUAGCGUGAAGGUUUAAUGCCUAUGGCUUGAUUUAGGGUGUUAGUGUUUCAGUUAAUAAAAGAAAAAA